CCCACUCCCAGGCAGGGGUGGGGAUCUGCGGGUGACACAUGCCAGCUGGAGGGCCACGGUGCCGCGGCACCACCGAGGGCUUGCCCAGGUCCAGCAUGAAGAUAUUGAUCGUGGUUCUGGCGCUGGGCACGGCAGCCCUGGCGCAGUUCCAGGACAAGGUGCUGUAUGGGGGACCCUGCGAGCGGAUGUCGCACCCCUACCAGGCCGCCAUCUACACCGCAGGCCGCCUGCUCUGCGGGGGGGUCGUCGUCCACCCACACUGGGUCCUCACCGCUGCCCACUGCCAGAAACCGAACCUUCAGGUUUACCUGGGGAAGCACGACCUGCAGCAGCAGGAGGAGUCCCAGGAGCAGAGCUCCGUCGCCCAGGUGGUGGUCCAUCCCCGCUACAACUCUGCCACCCACGACCAGGACAUCAUGCUGCUGCGCCUGGCACACCCAGCCCGCCUCUCACAGCACGUCCAGCCCCUGCCCCUGGAGAAGAACUGCUCUGCCCGCCACACCAGCUGCCACAUAGUCGGCUGGGGCAAAACAGCAGAUGGAGGCUUCCCUAACACGCUCCAGUGCGCCUACAUCCACCUGGUGCCCCAUGAGGAGUGCGAGCGCGCCUACCCGGGCCAGAUCACCAACAACAUGGUGUGCGCUGGGGACGAGAAGCUCGGGAAGGACUCCUGCCAGGGUGACUCUGGGGGACCCCUGGUGUGUGAUGACCGGCUCCGGGGCCUGGUCUCCUGGGGCAAUGUUCCCUGCGGCUCCAAGGAGAAGCCAGGUGUCUACACUGAUGUUUGCAGAUACGUCCCCUGGAUCCAGAGAACCAUCCGCAGCUACUCACCCUGAGAGGCACGCCAGCUCCCCGGCCAAGGGCCCCCCCUCUCUGACCAUGACCUUGCCUUCCCCUCCUCCCCGCCUAACACAUCGGCACUGGCGGCUUGUACUGCACUGGUCUCGCUUCAAUAUGGUUUAAUGAACACAAAUUGCAGUGCAGCGUCGAUGCGUUUCACAAAGACAGAAGCCAGCAGCGUGGGUUCUAAGGCGAGCAGGAGCAAGGGCUUCACUCCCACCCAGCAGAGACCUCCAGGGUCUGUCUGGUCUUUCCUGGGGGGGGGGGGGUUUCUGCAGGGUCUCUGGCCAACACCCGAGAGAUAAUACAGCAGGCAGGGCAUUUGCUUGCCUUGCAUGCCACCAACCCAGGUUGAUCCCUGGCAUCCCCUAUGGUCCCCCAAGUCCCGCCAGGAGUAAUUCCUGAGUGAAGAGCCAGGAGUAACCCCUGAGCACCACAGAGUGUGGCCCCCCAAACAAACAAAACAAAUGCCCCAAAAGAAUGGGUUUGAUCAGCCGUGGGGCCUCUUGAUUUGCUCCACUUCAGCUCUCCGGAGCUCGGGUACCCACCCCCGUGUUCAUCAAGGUACCGUGACUGACAGGGCUGCCUACACAGCUUCAUGCAUGCACCCUUCCGACACCACACCCACUGCUGCCCGCCUCCCUCCACCGCUGCCCUCCCGAGCUCCCCUGCGCCUCCCUCCCGGGUAAGCUCAGUUCUGAUGACCAACUCCUCAGUUUUGUUGCCUGGCCAUAUUACAGCUCGACACCCCACAUAUAAGGGACCUCACUCUGUGCCCAUCCCUGUCCUGUGGAUGCCACUCAGUGCCAUGCUCUCUAGGUCGUCCGCACGCAGCAAAUAAACAAUUCCAUCUUCUCUUA